AUGGCGGCAGGGAAGGAAGGGCAUCAGGCUCGAAACAGCUCCAGGUCUUCAGACUGUGUUGAUGUACAUCCAUUUCCCACGACCCUUGAUGCUGGCAUCCUCAGUAGCACUGGAGUGGGCGCUGCUGGUACUACCAGCCCUGGGGCCAUACCAGGAGGAACCGGCAGCCUGACUGCAGCCACCAGAGGAGGGACCCCGGAAGGUACAGAGGGCUUCACUACAGCCGCAGGGAGUGAGAAGACAAGUGGAGAUUCAGCUGGCCCAGGCACAACCUUGGGAGACAGAGCAGGUACCUCCAGGGAAGCAUUUGAAACAACCACUGCUUCUGGAAUUUCUACCACAGCAGUCACUGCUUCCACAGAAGUCAAGGAAACCUCUGAAACUAAAAUGCAAACAAGAUGUCCACCAUCACAUCCACCACCUCCAGUUUGUCAUGGUCCACUGGGAGAAAAGAAAUCUCCUGGAGAGGAAUGGACUGCCAAUUGUUACACGUGUACCUGUACUGAUGCAAAUACUGUGGACUGUAGCCUCAAGGAGUGCCCUUCUGCACCCACAUGCAAAACUGGAGAGAGACUUGUAAAGUUCCAAGAUAACGACACCUGCUGUGAAAUUGGAUACUGUGAACCAAGAACAUGUUUGUUUAACAGUAUUGAUUAUGAGAUUGGUGCUUCAUUUGAUGAUCCCAGCAACCCAUGCAUCUCCUACUCCUGCCACAACACUGGUUUUGUUGCAGUGGUCCAAGACUGCCCAAAGCAGACUUGGUGUCCAGAAGAAGACCGAGUCUAUGAUUCAAAAAAAUGUUGCUAUACAUGUAAGACUAAUUGUAGAUCUUCACCUGUGAAUGUGACGAUUAAGUACAGUGGUUGCCAGAAAAGGGUCCAGAUGGCAAGGUGUGUAGGGGAAUGCAAGAAGACUGUCCGGUACAAUUAUACACUCUUUAAGCUGACAAAUUCAUGCCUUUGCUGCCGAGAAGAUAACUAUGAGUUCCGAGAAGUUGUUCUUAGCUGUCCUGAUGGCAGUACAAUACCUUACGGAUACAGGCACGUCACAACCUGUUCUUGCUCAGACAUAUGCCAACAAUCUGUAACCCCAGCGGUCAGUUAACACUAUUAUCACAUUUCCGGGUAGAACAGGCUAGGUAUUUAUUUUAUAAAUGAACAAAAAUGAUCACUAAGUAGAAUAACUAAACAUUUGUAUCUCACUCAAAAAGUGAGUUUUCAUUAUGAGGCAUUUUGUUCUCUUGUUGACUGGAUCUGAAAAAUAAAUACAACUUUGC